AUGGAUCAAAAAUCUUGGCUGUGGAAGAAGAGAUCUACCGAGAAGACCUUAAUAGCAGAUAAAGCCAGUCAUUCUUCAAGAAAAUGUGAAGAGGAAACUACUGAGGUACAAAAAAUUAUGACUGAGAAAAUAGACUUAGAAAGAGAACUUCAGAUGUUAAAUGAAAAGCUUUCCUCUGCUCAUGCCGAGUGUGAGGCCAAAGAUAAUGUUGCAAAGAAACAGUUGAAAAUCUCAGAGGAAGCCGUUUCAGGCUGGGAGAAAGCAGAAAAUGAAGCCAAAACUGUAAAAGAAGAACUCGAGAAGGUUUCGCAGCAAAAGUUUGCUUCUGAAGAACGAAUGAACCAAUUAGAUGCGGCAUUAAAGGAAUGCAUGCAGCAAUUACGUUUUGUUCGUGACGAACAAGAUAAAAGAAUUCAAAAUGCGGUUAUGAAGACAACAAAGGAAUUUGAGAAAACAAAAGUUGUCGCUGAUGAAAAAUUAGCGGAGGUGGUUAAAAAGCUUUUCAAAUCAGAAGCCGAAAAUUCUCAGCUCAUUAAAGUCCUAACUGUAAGAGAAAAGACGAUUGAAGAUCUAACCAACUACAAAACUCAAUUGGAUGCCAAUUUUAAUGCCCUAAGCUCGAGAGUAGAGUCUACCGAGAAAGAAAAUGCCCGUUUGAAGUACGAGAUUCAUGUUCUGGAGAAGGAGCUGGACAUUCGAAAUGAGGAGAGAGAAUUGAACUGCCGAAGAUCUGAACACCUUCAAGGACUCUUUAAAGACCAAAAAAUUGCAGAACGAUGUGAAAGAUCGCGCUUAUUAAUGGAAAAUUCGACAACAUCUUUGUCUGAUAUGGCAGAAAGUGAUGAUAGAGCCAGCUAUGCCGAGUCGUGGGCCUCUGCUUUGAAUACAGAGCUAGAACAUUUCAAGAAUGACAAGCAAUUGAAAAUCCCAUGUCGUAAAAGUAUUAGAACUUCGGACAUCGAUCUCAUGGAUGACUUUGCUGAGAUGGAAAAGCUGGCACUUGCCUCUGCCGAUGUUAUUCAGACAUCCAAAAAUUUGAUUUCUUGUGAGGCUACAAAUGGUAGUAGUGUCUUAAAUAGCCAUAAGCUGCAGCCAAAUGCAAGCGAAACAAUAAACAAAAUUCUGGAGCUUCUUGAAGGAGUGAAUGAAAAGUGUCGAGAUAAUGGUGUUGGGGGACUUUUUGAUAGUAGAUCAUGCAAGAAUUUGGAAAACCCGACAGGCUACACAGUUCGAGUGUUUCAAUGGAAAAGUGAUGAGCUCUCGUUCAUUUUGCAAAAAUUUGUUCGAACUUGCAACGGUUUAUUAAAUGGGUCUGUCAAUCUUGAAUGUUUUGUUCAGGAAGUUGCACUUACUUUGGAGUGGGUUUUAAAUCACUGUUUCUCAAUUCAAGAUGUCUCAAGCAUGAAGGAUGCAAUUUUGAGCCGUUUUGAUUGGGAUGAGUGUACUGUGGAUAGUGGAUGGGCUAAUCCUGCUGUAGAAUGCAGUAAGUUGCCUGUUUUGGGACAAGGCGUGGAGUGUGUCAAGUGUGAAUCUGAGGUUGUAACUGGAAGUCUUCGUUCGGAGGUGGAAGCUGUGAGGCAACGGGAUGGUAAUAACAGAGAUGAAAUUGGAAAACGGAGUAUGAUGAAAGAAGACGUUGAGACCCUGGUUAUAGAAACCAAUGAUGAACUGAGAAAAGCUUACCAGAGAAUUUUGGAUUUAGAAAACGAGCUGGAAAAUAAAAGUAGUUCUUGUAUUAGACUGGAAGAGACAUGCCGUGACCUACAGAAACAGCUGCAAAGCAAGGAAGUUCUGGGUAAUGAGAGGCAAAUGGAAGAGCAACUUCAAAGUGAUUGGGAGAUCACAUCAGCUUCAGAAAAGCUAGCAGAGUGCCAAGAAACUAUCCUAAAUCUGGGCAAACAGCUCAAGGCAUUGGCUUCACCUAACGAUGCAGCUCUUUUUGACAAGAUACACAUAUCCACACCAUCUGACUCUGUUGUUGACAGAUCAUCCACACCUAGGAAAAAUAUCAGUCGCCGGCCAUCGUGUCUACUAGAUAAAAUGCUGGCGGAGAAUAACCUUCCAACAAGUGCUUUGGCUGAAAACAAAAAUUGCAUUCAGAAUGGAAAUGGUGAAUCUGGUGUUAGUUCCGAGAACUUGAACAAGAUGGUCAAUGGGGAUGGGAUUAUAAAACACUCGAGAAGAAGCGAAAAUGCAACUGCUGUAUUGGAUGUUGUCCCCUGUGAGAAAAAUGGCGGCAGGGGUUUCAUGAAGAAGAUAUUUUGGAGGCAAAAGAAAAGUAAUGGCAGCAAAAUCACCCUUCUCAUAGGUUGCAGUUGA